UCGCGCGUAAUUGGUCGCUCGUUAUUGCUGGACGUUAAUGCUCGUCAACGGUGUCAACUUUGAUUAGUGACAUUCGGAAGCAGGAGUCAACGCGAGGUCGCGAUAUUUCACUUACGGAAUUCCUCGCACUUGGCGAGGACGCGGUAUAUAUCGGGCGUGCGUGUGGCGCGACGCAUAACCAGCUCGACUCUCGACGCGGCGAAUCUUGACGCGGAUCAGAUCGCGUGAGCGACUUGGCGAGAGAGACGUAUGCGCGCGCGCGCGCGGCUCCGCAUCGACGUCGUCGUUCAAGAUCCGAUUAGAGAUCGCGAAUCCUUCCUGGAGACCUAGAGACGGCGAUAAACGGCAAGACGUACGGGAUGGAGAGCGAACAGCAGGAGCAGGAACAACGACCGCACGGCAACGAGCCGAAGCCGAAGGACAGGUUAGUCGGUCUGUUGGACCAGAUCGAGAUGCACGUAGAGCAAUUGCGGAAGGAUGCCGCGAGGCUCGAGGAGGAGAAGGAUACCUUACUGACGACCUUGGACACGCUUAGGAACAACGACAUACUCAUCGCCCUCGAGGAGCCCGACAGGGAUGAUGUUUUGAGGUAUGCAGAAAGAUUGUCCAUGCGAUGUUCAACCGUAGAUGUAUUAGUUACAGUCCAACGUGAUCAUGUGCAACGGGACGCACUUCAUCAGGUCAAUGGUUUGAUCGAUAGUUUAAUUAUAAACUUGCGCCACGAUCCAGGCAGCACUCGACAAAGAUGCGCAGAAUUUAUGAAUGCGUGCUCCUCCCAUGGUUUUGGGCAUUCGGAUAAAAACUUUGAAACUGCUAUUCUCGGAUGUACAUUGGAUGAUCAGAAACGAAUCAAGAAGAGAUUGCAAGGGUUACUUGACUAUAUCGACAAGAUGCAUAUCUUGGAAAUGACACAGUGAAAUCGAGAGAUUAUUCGGCAGAUAAGUCUGUCUCAAUUCUUCAUACAGAUUUUGAAUCAGAGUUUUGGCAUUAUCGCGAUCAUAGCGAUAUUAGGGAACACUUGGGAGAAAUUAUGCAUUGUUCUCUGUGCUACUAAAUUUUCCAUUUUCUUUCGCGGGUAAAUUAGACCGCAUAGAAUAUUUGGCUGUGUAGAAUAUGUAGCAAACAACUUUAGCUUUAUAGUGAUGUGACAUUGAUUCCUGAUAAUUUCUUACACAACAUUUCCAAACUUAUUUUUUAAGAUACUUAGUAUUUCAGCAUUUUUUAGAGAAAAAGGAAUACCUUUGCUCGCGAAAGAAAACGCCGAUCAACAGUUUUCAGACCUAAUAUAUGUAACGUUUUGAAAUAAAGAGAAAUUUCUAAAAAGAUGUGUAUACAAAUGUAAAUGUAGAAUCUUAAAUGUUACAUCAAUGUUAAAAAUGAAAUGGGCCUCUCUUUACAAUCUUAUUUUGUAGGAUUGUAUAUUUGCUAUGUAAAGCAUCAAUUAUCGUAAGAAAUACCAGUUUCUAAGAACAAUUAACUCAUGUUAUCGUCAAAGAUAAAUUUU